UGGGAUAAGCAUGGUGCAAGAAGUAGCCAGAAGUAAUUGUCGGUUAUUCUCAGAGAGACUAGAAAGCUGUGGCCAAGCGAAACGUAUAAAACGGCAGCAACGAAACCCCUCACUUUAGUUCGACAGACCGAACUGCUAGCUUGCUCUCAAUUCAUCACGAGAGGACGAUGAAUAAUUUGGGUAUCAUUUUGAUGUUGCUGUGCUCCUUUUAUGGCGUACUAGGAGGUCGACGUUACAUUGCAAUUCCCGUCGACGGUAUCGAGGGUAUCGAUGUCAUCGAGGUGAGCCCAAUCACAGCCUCGUUGUCGAGGGUGGCUCGACAAACGGAGGCAUACGUGCCAGUCGCCGUACCUAGCAUAGUUCAUCAGGAUGAUUCGAGAGAACACCGUCCUGAGCGAUCAGUCACACACAUUUUGGAUUACGUCGAUUUCGGAGGGCAGACCGGUUCCAACGGAGCCUUCAGCUGGUACGCCGACUAUCCGGCUCAUCAUUUAUAAUUACUUCGCUUUAUCGAAAUUAAAUAAAAGAGAAAGCGAAUUCUGAAUCGUAAUUAAAAGUAUAAUUGUACAAUGAUCAAGAUUGCACGAAUGAAAGUAAUUGUUGGAAGUGUGAAAGAUGAAAAGGGAGAUUUAUAUACUUAAUACAAAAAGAUGAAAUUAUCCGUAUUCUAAUUUAAAUAAAUUCGAAUAUCUAAGGAUCUAAGAACUUUACAAUCU